AUGGAGGCAGAAGGUGAUGCAAAUUGUCCGAGGGCGAGUGAAGAUGCCCACUCGGGUGGAACCUCGUUGGUUCACAACAGCCCGGACGAUCCCGGAAGAGCUCAACAGCUGGGAGAAGAGGCAGAGAUGUGGGGGAAUGACCAGUACGACUCUGUUCCAGGAGAGGACAUGGGGUCCAACCUAGAUGAUUUAAAAACUCCUGAGGAUGGUUUAGAGAACGAGGAUGAUUCUAUAUUGGGACGAUUUAGGGCUAGUAAUGAGACGACUCAACAUUCGAACCUGGGGCCAUAUUUUCUGGACGGGCAAAGGCGUGCCGAUUACGUUUUAACCUACCAUGUAGAGAAACCCCAGUACACCGACCAAGACUCUUCCAACACCUGUUUUAAGAGAGUGAAAACCUGCCUUUGCUGUUCUAAUAAACACAGCUCAGCUAACUUUGCUCCUCAAGAUGACCCAGAAAACCCUGAGAACGAUGAGCGAAUCAUCAGAAAGGAGUUUGAACAAAAGCUUAUGGAGAUGGGACUUGAGCUGGAGAAGGAUGAGGAAGAGGCUAAAAUCCCAGGCGUGGGCUUCCUGAAGAUCCAUGCACCCUGGCACGUACUCUGUCGAGAAGCUGAGUUUAUGAAGCUCAAGAUGCCAACUAAAAAAAAAUACAAGGUCUUUCCAGGCACUGGGAUUGUAGAGAAGAUGAAUAGUUUUUUUGCAAAACUGACUGCACCACUGAGUCCCCAAAUCGAGGAAAAAUCUGACGAGACUGAGAAGCACCUGUCUUAUCCAUUUUCCAGAGAAAAGCUACAUCUGUUUGAUCUUUCCGAUCGAGAGUCCUUCUUCGACAGCAGUACUCGCAUCUCAAUUGUGCUCGCGAUCAUAAAAAGAAUAAAGUGUUCAAGUGGAAAGGAAGUGAUGAGGAUGAGUAGCCUUCUUGCUCAUGGAAUUUAUACAUCAGCCUACCCAUUACACGAUGGAGACCUUGAGGGUCCUUAUGCGGAACCAAAUGAUCGAAAGACCUUAUAUGAGGAGUGGGCGAGAUAUAGUUUCUUCUACAAGCACCAGCCCAUUGGACUGAUCAGAAAGUACUUUGGAGAGAAAGUGGGCCUGUACUUUGCCUGGCUGGGCGUGUACACUCAGAUGUUAAUCCCAGCAGCCAUCAUUGGUGUGAUUGUGUUCCUGUACGGCUGUGCUACUGUGGAUGAAAACAUUCCUAGCAUGGAGAUUUGUGAUAAAAGGAAUAACAUCACCAUGUGCCCAAUGUGUGACCGCGUCUGCGGCUACUGGAAGCUUACCGAAGCCUGUGGUACUGCCAGGGCCAGCCAUCUGUUCGACAAUACUGCUACUGUCUUCUUCUCCAUCUUUAUGGCACUCUGGGCCACCAUGUUCAUGGAGCACUGGAAGAGGAGGCAGAUGAGACUCAGUUACAUCUGGAACAUGACAAACUUUGAGGAAGACCAGAACCAACUGCGACCAGAGUAUGAGUUCCAUGUUAGGGAGAAGAAGAUGAAGAAAGAUCAGGAAGAGAAAGAAUUGAAGCCUGGAAAACACAAGCUGACAUGCGCUGACAGGAUGCCAGCCUACAUGACCAUACUCAUCACAAUGUUCUUCAUGCUUUGUGUGAUCCUGGUCGUCGUAUUUGGAUUGGUUAUCUACAGGAUUUCCAUCAAAACCGCACUUCAUGUGAGCUCCACUUCCCCCUUCCGCUCCAAUAUUCGAGCAACUGUAAAAACCACAGCUGCUAUUAUCAACCUCAUCAUCAUCAUCAUCAUGGACGAGUUCUAUGGAGCUGUGGCACGCUGGCUUACUACGAUGGAGGUGCCGAAAACGGACAAGAGCUUUGAGGAGAGGCUUAUUUUCAAAACGUUUGUCUUGAAGUUUGCCAACGCCUUUACUCCAAUUGUGUACCUGGCUUUCUUCAGAGGCAGGCUUAUUGGCAGGCCAGGCAAUUAUCUCUAUGUCAUUGGGUCUUAUCGAAUGGAGGAGUGUGCUCAUGCCGGCUGUCUGAUGGAACUGUGUAUUCAGCUGUGUAUCACCAUGCUUGGCAAGCAGCUUCUCCAGAACAAUCUGUUUGAGAUUGGCAUUCCCAAACUGAAAAAAAUAAUACGCCGUUGUCAGACAAAAAGGGAUUCUAGACAGCAAGAAGAGUUUCAAAAAAGCCUCUCUUGCUAUGAGAAGGACCACUUUCUUAAUCCCUACGUUGGCCUUAAUCCAGAGUACAUGGAGAUGAUAAUCCAGUUUGGCAUGGUGACCUUGUUCGUGGCUUCCUUUCCACUGGCUCCUAUUUUUGCACUCCUGAACAACGUUAUUGAGAUCCGCCUAGAUGCUAAGAAAUUUGUCACAGAAUUCAGGCGGCCCAUUGCUGCUAAGGCUAAAGAUAUUGGCAUCUGGUACAACCUUCUGAGGGGACUCAGUAAAUUUGCAGUCAUUGUAAAUGCAUUUGUCAUCGCCUUUACUUCCGAUUUCAUUCCUCGACUGGUUUACAAAUACGUCUACAGCGCUGAUGGGACACUGCAUGGCUUUGUCAACCACACCCUCUCCCUUUUUAAUGUCAGUGACUUUCAGCCAGACAAAUCGCCCCUGCAGCCAAUGAACCUCGGCUACAAAGUGGACAUUUGCAGGUACAAAGAUUACAGAGAUUCUCCAUGGUCAGACGCGCCAUAUGAACUGUCCAAAGAAUUCUGGAACGUUCUAGCAGCUAGACUUGCUUUUGUCAUCGUCUUUCAGAAUGUGGUGAUGCUCAUGAGUGACUUUGUGGACUGGCUGAUCCCAGACAUCCCCAAAGACAUUAGCAUAAGAAUCCAUAAGGAGAAGAACCUGAUUGUGGAGCUCUUCAUGAAAGAGGAGCAGGGAAAAAGGCUUAAGAGAAAGCAACAGAGGAGCCCGAGUCCUGAACAGCCAAGAUCCCGGCCUCCGUCUCAAGUACAAACCAACAACCAUUAGUCUGCGUGGAAAAAGAGGAAAUUCAUCCAUGCUGACAUGCUUUCAGAGAUUUGCAUGAGCAAGCUUGUAUGGAAAGUUGCACAUGGUUAUGGUUGAGGGACUGUAGUCCACAAGCAACCGAGCAUGCUCACUGGAGACUGAGGCAGGAACAGUCAGACACUGCCUUUUAUGGUCAGCAGGAACAUUACGAGCCCGCUCCUAAUUAGAAUAUCAUGUAUUUGUUUUUUUAUUUUUGUUCUGUUACUUUAAACAACUCAAAACAUGCAGGGAAGUUUGUUUUAACAAUAUGCAAAUAGUGAAGUUUGUUUAGUCUAGAGCACUGUGUACAAUACAUUAUGUGUAGUCUGUCUUGCUGUUUAUGUCUCAU